UUGCUGCAUAUACCUAGACGAAGCUGCCGCCUGUGGAUCUCUCUCUCCUCCAGGAUACAAACAAAAGAAAAACCCAUCAGACUUUUUAUACCUCUAUUUCUCUUUCACACACAGACACACACACCAACAUUCGUAGAUUCUGCCUCUCCUACCCUCACACACGUCCUCUGCCUCUCACUGUCAGUCUUUCUCCUUCUUACAUGCAAACACACUCCUUCUUCUCCCAGACAGAGGAGCAGUAAAGGGAUUGGCGCGGUUCUUGGUGUUUGGCUCCUGGUCCUUGGCUCAGAGGGAGCAGAGCGGCAGAUGGUGAUGUGAAGACGGGCUCAGCCAGGUGAAUACCAAUUCCUCAGCGAAGCCCCCACGGUUCAUAUGGAUGCUGCGCUUUCCUGGCUGUGAAAAGAUUUGACUCUUCCACACAAUGGCUGACAACAGCUGGUUGCCACAGGAUACAGAAUUUAACUUGAUCAUGUGAUCUGACUCCCUCCCCCAGUUCCCUGCCAUCUAUCAUAGGGGGAUCAUGACCCGCCGGCUGAGCAGCUCCACCCGUUCCCACACAGAGGACUCCAUCUUUCUGAGGCCCGAAGAAGACCCCGUCUGGCUGGAUGAGCCCACAAAGACUGAUAGAAAGGGCGACGGAGCCCCUCAAAAAGAUGUGCUGCGAAAAUGCAAAGAUGGACCUGCAGAGGGCCAAAGACCGCAGGCAGACGAAAUGUUAUUGCAUAAGGUGUACGCGCUGGUGAUUGAGAUCCACUGCUGGGCUGCAGUGUUUGCCCUCUCCCAAGUCACGGGGUACACUGUGUUUUUUGUGUUGGAAGGAAACGGACUUCUCUCUUCCAUCUACAAAGCACUGCAUGUCAUCGACUUCUACCUUGGCUUCAUCAUUCCCUGCCACCCAAUUUUUGGAAUGGACUCCAUAGUGAUGAUGAGGGAGGUGGUAAACACCGAUGAGCGCAACUGGAUUGUGUAUGGUACUGCAGGCAUCGGUUUAGCCAUCUGUGUAAUAAUGGUCAUUCACAUGGUGUGUAACUGGCGUUACCGCACUAGAUUGUGGUCGUCUGAAACAGUGUCGCGGGACAGUGGUGACCGCCGUCAGUCUGUGAGUCGCCAGCCCUCCUUCACCCUGUCAGAGUGGACAGACGCUCAGGAGGAUCUGAUGGACAUGGACCCUGAGCCCCAGACGCCGGUCUUUGAAAUGGGCACUGAAACCAGAACAGAGGGAGACGCCGCCACCCUCCUUGUCACACCAGUGGGGCUUCAGGAGAGGAGGGGGUCCAACGUUUCCCUGACCUUGGACAUGUGUACACCAGGCUGCACUGAACCCUACGGCUACGGAGGCCAGCUCUCCCCCAGAGACCAGACGGCCAAGGAGUACCUCCGACAGGGAACAAACACUCUGACCCCUGCAAUGCUACACACUCGGGCCAUGGAUGACCAGAGCCUGCAGGCUGAGUUUUAUGAAACUCCCAUGAACUUUGUGGACCCUAAGGAGUACAACUACCCAGGGCUGGUGAGAAAGAACCGCUACAAGACCAUCUUACCCAACAAGCACAGCAGAGUGAUCUUGAAGUCGCAGGAUGAAGAAGAUUUUCUAACUACUUACAUCAAUGCUAAUUAUCUCAAAGGUUAUGGGGAUGAAGAUGAGGAGUGUGCAUACAUUGCCACCCAGGGUCCCACCGUGAACACAGUGGGGGACUUCUGGAGGAUGGUGUGGCAGGAAAGAAGCCCAAUCAUAGUGAUGAUCACCAACCUGGAGGAGAAAAACGAGAAAUGUGCAGAGUACUGGCCCGAGGACACUGUGACCCAUGAGGGCAUUAAGAUCACCGUCGUUACGGUAACCCAGGAGGAUGACUACAGUCUGAGGGUGUUUACGUUGAAGUGUGGGGGGGAGGAGCGCAGUCUGCAGCAGUACUGGUACACCUCGUGGCCUGAUCAGAAGACUCCAGACAAGGCUCCACCUCUUCUGGAACUGGUGCAGGAAGUGGAAAGGGCCCGAGAGGAAGCCCCGCCCUCCAGUGGCCCUAUAAUUGUCCACUGCAGUGCUGGAAUUGGUCGAACUGGCUGCUUCAUCGCCACCUCCAUCCUGUGCAAGCAGCUGAGGACUGAGGGUGCGGUUGACAUCCUGAGAACCACCUGCCAGCUCCGUCUGGACAGGGGUGGGAUGAUCCAGACGUGCGAGCAGUACCAGUUUGUGCAUCACGUCCUCAGCCUGUUCGAGAAGCAGCUGCCCCACACUGCUGAGGAGUAGAGUGAGCGCUACAGCCACUCUCAGACCGAGACACACCACUGUACACUGUACCGCCUCUGGUGGUACGCACCACUGUACCUAGCAUCAUCUCAAUCUCACCCUUUAACAAAUUCAAACCAUGUUAAUCUCUUCACCCAAAACAGGCUCGCUCAGACAGGACUGAAUGGCUGACAUGAAAUCUGUGAUUAGUGUAUGUCUUUGAGCACAACAAACAUAGAGAGGUGGGAUAUGAGAUAGCCCAACAAAAAUCCUGUUCAGACACUUUAGUGACAUUGAGUUGAGAGUCACAAUAGUCAGGCCCCGAAAUAAUCCAAGCCCACAGUCCUGACAUCAUUUCAUUUACACUGCUGAGGUUUUUUUUUUAUCAUGUUACUGUUAAUAAUUCUCAGUCAUUAAGGCCUCAUUUAGUUCUUAGCCCCCUCACACAUUGUAUCUACAGUUAUAAAAGAUCAAACUAGAGCUGAAGUAUAAUUAGUGCACCUGCAGCACUGUCAGUUUGCUGUAUGGAGGACAUUCAAAUUCAGUCUUGCAAAGUUAGUGUCAAUAAUAAGGGCCUUUUAAGUGCCAACAUAAUUCAAAUCUACAGAAAUGAUCAAAUGCCAGCCUAUCUAGUUGUAAAAUGUCACAUGAAAUAUAAGUUAACCAACAUCGUUUCUCAUUGACUUUCACUGAAACUCAAUUUUAUUGUAAAAAUAAAUCAUUACAGAGGGCCUGUUUCAACUUUUGAUGCGUUCAGGAGCCAUCUCAUCUUCAGGUUGCAUGGUGCUAAGUGUUCAUUAAAGGCAUGUGCAAUGUUAUGGAACAUAGGAAUGUAUAAUAAUUAGGUUUUUAAUGAACUAAUUAGGAUUUCUGUGCAAUCUACAGUAUUACAAUUUUACCAUGCUGCCUGUGCAGUUCUCAUGGCCCAUUAUGUUUACAGUAAACAACUCCUGCAUUAAGGCCGCAUAGACGUACACUCAGAGGCGUCACAGAGCCAGGGACACUGAGGGGACAGAGGCCAGAAAUAGAAUCAGACCAUUAGAAAAAUCAAUGGAAAGCCCAAUCAAAGCUCUGGAGAAUCUAACAUAUACACACGGGGAAGUGUAAUGCAGAGGAAAGCAGAAAGUUGCAUUAAAAUGCACCAUACAUUGAUGACAGAUGGUCACAUAUAGGUAAUCUUCUUGUAAAUGUCCCAUUACUAUCAUGAUCGCCCUCAGAGUUACAUGCUCCGUGAUGCCUCUGCUUUCAACAGUAGCUUGAACACAUCCGUGAAGUAAGAAGCCCAUGAUUGUUGUAUAGACAGGCCAGGCCUAAUCUGUAUGAAGCACAAUAGACCAACUAAGGUUGUCUCUGAUGUUCAGCUGUAAAAGUUCUUAAUUUUUCUCCGUAUUGUGUUUUGAUUGUGUUGAGUUUAAUGGAUUGCAUGUGCUGUAUGGGACUCCAUAGGUCCACAAUCAAAGCGACGUGAUUGGUUGUCCUGCUUUUUGUUGUGUAAAAGGGUUUAAGCCUAUUAUAUUGCUUGCUCUCGGCCAAUGCUUUUGAUACAGUUUGCUUUUGUGAAACCAACCAGAGAUAUUUUUAGAACAUUUUGAUACAAUCCUUUCGAGUAGAUGCCUUGUGUAUAUUUCCGUUUACACCAUGAUGGAAUGUAGCUCAUACUGUGGAUCAAACCAUCGGUUUAUAUUGCAAGAUUUGACAGAACAAAAUGUGACAACUACCUAAGUUACCUUACAGUACAGAAAAUAAAUAGAUUAUGUUUAGUCUUCAGUAUUAUUACUUUAUGCCUUUAGGGUUUGCUUUAAUAUGCUUUGCUUUCUGUGUAUGUUUUUGUCGUUUUUCUUGGAGAAUUUUACCUCAGACUGAGUAUUUACCCAGUCCCCACUCGAUUCCAUCUGUGACUCUAGGCCACUCUCAGUUGACAACACGAGAAAUAAUUGCUAUGUGUAAGGCAGCUAAAACAGUGAAGACAGUUUUCUAUGUAACAGACAUCACAAUCAAACAACUUCUAUCUUGACUUAAUGCAUCAGAUCAACAGUAACGAACAUUAUCGGAGGAUGGAGUUAAUUGUGUGGGCUCGGACCAAUUUAUAAACAUCAAAUCAACUAGCAAAUCAAACUGCCAAAAUUACCUUUUACAGGAAAAUAGGACUGGGAUUGAUAAGAAAAGCUACAAUCUGCUAUCGGACUUUUGACAUAAUCCUCUGAUAAUGUCCAGUGUACUCAACUGAAAAGCUUUUAUUUUGAGUGCUUGUUUUCAAUGCUUCUCUGGUCCUUCUCUGAUGAUCAAAAUGUCAAAAUAGCCAACAGUCAGACAUACAACCAACCAGCAAUCAGUAUUCCUCUCCCCUGCUACAGUAUCGCUUUAAGUUGUGAGUUUUUGCAUCCAAAUAAAGGUAGAUUUUCAUGAA